GCGGGCUCGACGUACCCCACCGCGGGGUGGUGCUCUGACUGCGGCAACCGUUGAAGAGCUGCCCCCGGGGAGUCAGCGAGGCGCCACUGGUCCCUUAAACAUCUUCUCAAGUUUAUUCUACAUUAAGAGGAAUGACUGCACCAUUUUCCUGAGCUAUGGUAGUCAGACCUGGUAGUGGUAACUUCUCUACAGAAUCCCCAAAUCUGGCAAGGAUGGUACAGAUUUUGGCAGAUUAUGGCUUCAUUCCCGCCCAGCACUGAUGGUAUUAUCAGAGCAACUUUCAUUGUUAGAGAGAGGAGAGAGAGAGAAGCCUUGUUGGUUGACGUCACUUGGUUCAUGAAGCCUUCGCCUAGAAGUGAAGCUGCUGAACAAACCUUGAGAAGAAUCAUCUCCUGCUUCAAUCUGCUGCUGGAUAGGAACUAAUCAGAGAGAGAGAGGCGGAAGACGGAGAAGGAGGGAGCCGAGGGCUUUCCCGAUCACGAAUCUCACCUCCACUCCAACUCUCUUUAUACUUUUCUUGCAGAAAUAAUAAUAGAAAUAAGGAGGUGGCGGGGUUUCCAAAAAUCUUAACCUUCAGCCAUCUGGGGAAGGCAAAAAUCCUAUCCACCGCAACUCUCAGUUCGAAAGUAAAGGUUUCUCAACAGUGAUGUCACAAGAUUGACCACGUUGAUCACAAUAUGGAGUCUGGAGAACGGUUACCGUCCUCAACAGCCUCCUCUACUACACCAACUUCAUCUUCUACACCUUCUGUGGCUUCAGCAGUUUCAAAAGGUGGCCUUUCCACUGGAGUUGCUUCACUUAGCUCUACAAUCAGCCCAUGUGGACAUUUAUUCAGAGCAGCUGGGGAUCAACCGUUUAACCUGUCCACAGUGUCGAGUGCCUUCCCAAUGGUCAGCCACCCAGUCUUUGGUCUACAUUCAGCCAGCUCAGGGCAUUCAGAGUUUGGUGGUUUGGGGACACUUGGUACACCCACAGCCUUAGCCGCACAUCCCCAACUAGCAUCUUUUCCAGGUGCAGAAUGGUGGCGAACAACAGAUGUUCAUACUCGUACGGGGGCAACCUUCUUUUCACCAUUACUGGGAAUUCCACCACUGUUUGCUCCUCCAGCCCAGAAUCAUGAUUCUUCUUCAUUCCAUCCAAGGACUUCAGGAAAAAGUAAUCGAAAUGGUCCUGAAAAAGGUGUAAAUGGGUCAAUAAAUGGAAAUAGUACAUCAUCUGUAAUUGGUAUCAAUACAUCUGUACUCUCCACUACUGCUUCAAGUUCCAUGGGACAAAUUAAAAGUACAAGCUCAGGCGGAGGAAAUAGAAAAUGUAACCUGGAGCAAAGCAAAAACCAGCCUUUGGAUGCUAGAGCUGACAAAAUCAAAGAUAAGAAACCAAGGAAAAAAGCUAUGGAAAGUUCUAGCAACAGCGAUAGUGAUUCAGGCACAUCAUCAGACACCUCAAGUGAAGGCAUUAGUAGUAGUGAUUCAGAUGAUCUAGAGGAAGAUGAAGAGGAAGAAGAUCAAAGCAUUGAAGAAAGUGAAGAUGAUUCUGAUUCAGAGAGUGAAGCACAACAUAAAAGUAACAACCAGGUGCUAUUACAUGGUAUUUCAGACCCAAAAGCAGAUGGACAGAAAGCAACUGAAAAAGCCCAGGAAAAAAGAAUACACCAGCCAUUACCUCUUGUGUCUGAAUCCCAGACUCACUCAUCAUUCCAAUCCCAGCAGAAGCAGCCUCAGGUUUUGUCACAGCAGCUUCCAUUUAUUUUCCAAAGCUCUCAGGCAAAGGAGGAAUCUGUGAACAAACACACCAGUGUAAUACAGUCUACGGGAUUGGUGUCCAAUGUGAAACCUUUAUCUUUGGUAAAUCAAGCCAAAAAGGAAACUUACAUGAAACUCAUAGUUCCUUCUUCUGAUGUACUUAAAGCAGGGAAUAAAAAUACCUCUGAAGAAUCUAGUUCUUUGGCCAGUGAAUUACGAUCUAAACGGGAACAAUACAAACAGGCAUUCCCAUCACAGUUAAAGAAACAGGAGUCAUCUAAGAGCCUGAAGAAGGUUAUUGCAGCUUUGUCCAAUCCAAAAGCAACCUCUACUUCACCAGCAAAUCCAAAACAAACAGUAGAAAAUAACCACCCUAAUCCAUUCUUGACAAAUGCACUUUUAGGUAAUCACCAACCAAAUGGAGUUAUUCAAAGUGUCAUUCAAGAAGCUCCUCUAGCACUUACUACCAAAACUAAAAUGCAGAGUAAGAUUAAUGAAAACACUGCUACUGCAAGUAGCACCCCUUUUUGCUCCCCUAUAAAUUUGAGUACAAGUGGGAGACGAACCCCUGGCAAUCAGACACCUGUAAUGCCCUCUGCCUCUCCCAUACUGCAUAGUCAAGGGAAGGAAAAAGCAGUUAGCAAUAAUGUAAAUCCAGUAAAAACACAGCAUCACUCCCAUCCUGCAAAGUCUUUAGUGGAGCAGUUUAGAGGAACAGAUUCAGACAUUCCCAGUAGUAAAGAUUCUGAAGAUUCAAAUGAGGAUGAAGAAGAAGAUGAUGAGGAAGAGGAUGAGGAAGAUGAUGAAGAUGAUGAAUCUGAUGACAGUCAAUCAGAAUCAGAUAGUAAUUCAGAAUCAGAUACAGAAGGAUCAGAAGAAGAAGAUGAUGAUGAUAAAGACCAAGAUGAAUCAGAUAGUGAUACUGAAGGAGAGAAAACUUCAAUGAAACUGAAUAAAACAACUUCCUCUGUCAAAAGCCCUUCCAUGAGUCUCACAGCUCACUCAACACCUCGUAACCUCCACAUAACAAAAGCCCCAGGCUCUGCUCCUGCUGCCUUAUGUUCUGAAUCACAGUCACCUGUUUUUCUUGGUACAUCUUCUUCCACACUUACUUCAAGUCCACACUCUGGCACCUCCAAAAGAAGAAGAGUAACAGAUGAACGUGAACUGCGUAUUCCAUUGGAAUAUGGCUGGCAGAGAGAGACAAGAAUAAGAAACUUUGGAGGGCGCCUUCAAGGAGAAGUAGCAUAUUAUGCUCCAUGUGGAAAGAAACUUAGGCAGUACCCUGAAGUAAUAAAGUAUCUCAGCAGAAAUGGAAUAAUGGAUAUCUCAAGGGACAAUUUCAGCUUCAGUGCAAAAAUAAGAGUGGGUGACUUCUAUGAAGCCAGAGAUGGACCACAGGGAAUGCAGUGGUGUCUUUUGAAAGAAGAGGAUGUCAUUCCUCGUAUCAGGGCAAUGGAAGGUCGUAGAGGGAGACCGCCAAAUCCAGAAAGACAGCGAACAAGAGAGGAAUCCAGGAUGAGACGUCGGAAGGGUCGACCUCCCAAUGUUGGCAAUGCUGAAUUCUUAGAUAACACAGAUGCCAAAUUGCUAAGAAAACUGCAAGCUCAAGAAAUAGCCAGGCAAGCAGCACAAAUAAAGCUUUUGAGAAAACUUCAAAAGCAGGAACAAGCUCGGGUUGCUAAAGAAGCUAAAAAACAGCAAGCAAUAAUGGCUGCUGAGGAGAAGCGAAAACAAAAAGAACAGAUAAAGAUUAUGAAACAGCAGGAAAAAAUUAAGAGAAUACAGCAAAUCAGAAUGGAAAAAGAACUUCGAGCACAACAAAUUCUAGAGGCUAAAAAGAAAAAGAAGGAAGAAGCGGCAAAUGCCAAAUUAUUGGAGGCCGAGAAACGAAUAAAGGAAAAAGAAAUGAGAAGACAACAAGCCGUUCUUCUGAAACAUCAGGAGUUGGAGAGGCAUAGACUAGAUAUGGUAUGGGAACGAGAGCGAAGGCGACAACAUAUGAUGCUUAUGAAAGCUAUAGAAGCUCGUAAAAAAGCAGAAGAAAAAGAACGAUUGAAGCAAGAAAAACGUGAUGAGAAAAGAUUAAAUAAAGAGCGUAAACUAGAGCAAAGAAGAUUAGAAUUAGAAAUGGCAAAGGAGCUAAAGAAGCCUAAUGAAGACAUGUGCUUAGCAGACCAAAAGCCUUUGCCAGAGUUGCCUCGUAUUCCAGGACUUGUUCUCUCUGGAAGUACAUUUUCAGACUGUCUCAUGGUGGUGCAGUUCUUACGAAACUUUGGUAAAGUUUUGGGCUUUGAUGUGAAUAUUGAUGUUCCAAACCUGAGUGUUCUUCAAGAGGGAUUGCUAAAUAUAGGGGACAGCAUGGGUGAAGUACAAGACUUGCUUGUGAGGCUCCUCUCAGCUGCUGUAUGUGAUCCAGGUCUAAUUACAGGAUACAAGGCCAAAACAGCUCUUGGAGAACAUUUACUGAAUGUUGGCGUGAAUCGAGACAAUGUUUCCGAGAUUUUGCAGAUUUUUAUGGAAGCCCACUGUGGACAAACUGAGCUUACUGAAAGCCUAAAGACCAAAGCUUUUCAGGCUCAUACUCCAGCACAGAAAGCCUCAGUCCUGGCUUUCCUGAUCAAUGAAUUGGCAUGCAGCAAGAGUGUGGUGAGUGAAAUUGACAAGAACAUCGAUUAUAUGUCAAACUUGAGGAGAGAUAAAUGGGUGGUGGAAGGUAAACUCCGCAAGCUCAGAAUCAUUCAUGCUAAGAAAACGGGCAAAAGAGACACUUCAAGUGGCAUUGAUCUUGGAGAAGAGCAGCAUCCCUUGGGCACACCCACUCCAGGACGCAAAAGAAGAAGGAAGGGAGGAGACAGUGAUUAUGAUGAUGAUGAUGAUGAUGAUAGUGAUGACCAAGCUGAUGAAGAUGAUGAGGAUGAAGAAGAUAAAGAAGACAAAAAAGGAAAGAAGACUGAUAUUUGUGAAGAUGAGGAUGAAGGCGACCAAGCAGCAAGUGUUGAAGAGCUAGAAAAACAGAUUGAAAAACUGAGUAAACAACAGAGUCAGUACAGAAGGAAGCUCUUUGAUGCUUCUCACUCUUUACGUUCGAUGAUGUUCGGCCAGGAUCGUUACAGACGACGAUACUGGAUUCUUCCCCAGUGUGGGGGGAUUUUUGUAGAAGGCAUGGAGAGUGGUGAAGGGCUAGAAGAAAUUGCAAAAGAAAGAGAAAAACUUAAAAGGGCAGAAAGUAUCCAGAUCAAAGAAGAAAUGUUUGAGACUUCUGGGGACACUUUAAAUUGUUCAAAUACAGAUCACUGUGAGCAAAAGGAAGAUCUUAAAGAAAAAGAUAACACAAAUCUGUUUCUUCAGAAACCUGGUUCUUUUUCUAAAUUAAGUAAGCUUUUAGAAGUAGCCAAGAUGCCUCCUGAAUCAGAUGUCAUUACCCCCAAACCAAAUGUUAGUGCAAAUGGGUGCACAUUGUCUUAUCCAAACAGUGGAAAACAUUCACUGGGCAGCAUUCAAUCAACAGCAACACAAAGCAGCAUGGAAAAGACAGACUCGAAUAAUCCAUUUAAUACUGGUUCAGGUGGUCCAGGGAAGUUCUACAGUCCUGUCCCCAAUGACCAGUUGUUAAAAACACUGACUGAAAAGAAUAGACAGUGGUUUAGCCUUUUGCCAAGAACACCUUGUGAUGAUACUUCACUUACCCAUGCUGAUAUGUCAACUGCUUUUUUAGUGACUCCUCAGUCUCAGCCACCAUCUAAGUCACCUUCACCUGCCCCAGCUCCGCUUCUUGGAUCAUCUUCUGCUCAGAAUCCUGUUGGCCUAAAUCCAUUUGCUUUAUCACCUCUUCAGAUGAAAAGUGGAGUAUCUAUGAUGGGACUUCAGUUUUGUGGGUGGCCCACUGGUGUGCUUACUUCCAAUAUUCCAUUUACAUCACCUUUACCUAGUCUGGGAUCAGGGUUGGGAUUAUCAGAAGGAAAUGGUAAUUCCUUCUUGACUUCGAAUGUUUCCUCAAGUAAAAGUGAAUCUCCAAUACCACAGAGUGAAAAAGUCUCUUCAACUCAACCUGCAGCUGUUGAAGUAGCAAAACCAGUAGAUUUUCCUAGCCCAAAACCUAUUCCAGAAGAAAUGCAGUUUGGUUGGUGGAGAAUUAUUGACCCAGAGGACCUAAAAGCUUUGCUCAAAGUGCUACAUCUCAGAGGAAUAAGGGAAAAGGCAUUACAAAAACAAAUUCAGAAACACUUGGAUUAUAUUACUCAAGCCUGCAUUAAGAAUAAGGAUGUUGCUAUUAUUGAAUUAAAUGAAAAUGAAGAAAACCAAGUAACUCGAGAUAUUGUGGAGAACUGGUCAGUAGAAGAACAAGCAAUGGAAAUGGAUUUGAGUAUCCUUCAACAGGUAGAAGAUCUAGAAAGGAGAGUGGCAUCAGCAAGUUUGCAAGUGAAGGGUUGGAUGUGUCCAGAUCCUGCAUCAGAAAGGGAGGACUUGGUAUAUUUUGAACAUAAGUCAUUUACUAAAUUGUGCAAGGAACAUGAUGGAGAAUUUACUGGCGAAGAAGAAAGCAGUGCACAUGCACUAGAACGGAAGAGUGACAACCCCCUAGAUAUAGCUGUAACCAGGCUGGCUGAUUUGGAGCGGAACAUUGAAAGAAGGUAUCUGAAGAGCCCCUUAAGUACCACCAUUCAGAUCAAACUGGAUAAUGUGGGCACAGUUACUGUCCCUGCUCCUGCACCAUCCAUUAGUGGUGAUGGUGACGGAAUUGAAGAGGAUAUUGCUCCAGGGCUCAGGGUAUGGAGAAGGGCAUUAUCAGAAGCUCGCAGUGCUGCACAGGUAGCUCUGUGCAUUCAGCAGUUACAGAAAUCAAUAGCAUGGGAAAAAUCAAUUAUGAAAGUUUACUGCCAGAUCUGUCGAAAGGGAGACAAUGAAGAACUGCUGCUCCUUUGUGAUGGUUGUGACAAAGGCUGUCAUACAUACUGCCAUAGACCCAAGAUCACAACUAUACCAGAUGGAGACUGGUUUUGUCCAGCUUGCAUUGCUAAGGCAAGUGGUCAGACUCUAAAAAUCAAAAAGCUUCAUGUCAAAGGAAAAAAGACUAAUGAGUCAAAGAAAGGCAAGAAAGUAACUUUAACAGGGGAAACUGAAGAUGAAGACUCUGCAUCUACAAGUAGUUCACUAAAAAGAGGAAACAAAGACCUCAAAAAAAGAAAAAUGGAGGAAAACACAUCUAUUAACUUGUCAAAACAAGAAAGUUUUACUUCUGUUAAGAAACCUAAAAGAGAUGACUCCAAGGACCUAACUCUUUGCAGUAUGAUUCUGACUGAAAUGGAAACUCAUGAGGAUGCAUGGCCUUUUCUACUUCCUGUAAACUUGAAACUUGUUCCUGGUUAUAAGAAAGUUAUUAAGAAGCCUAUGGAUUUUUCCACAAUUAGAGAGAAACUAAGUAGUGGACAGUAUCCAAACCUUGAAACCUUUGCUCUAGAUGUCAGGCUUGUUUUUGACAACUGUGAAACAUUUAAUGAAGAUGAUUCUGAUAUAGGCAGAGCUGGCCACAGUAUGAGAAAAUAUUUUGAAAAAAAGUGGACAGAUACUUUCAAAGUGAGCUGAAGUUAUAAUUUUUUUUCCUUUUAAACAAGGACAAAUGAGACCAGCAAUGUGAACUGUAUUUACAUAAACGUGCAAGGCACAUACAUAAUGACUUUUUUUUUCUUAGAGUAAGUAUCAAAAAAAAAAAAAAGUAUCAGAAGAAUGAUACCAUUUUUAAAGGCUUCACUCCUACAACAACCAAGGCCCUUGGUUAUUGGUUUGUGUGAUUUAUCAGCUAAUUUAGGUAGAACAGGGAAGCACACCCAAAGAAUUUUCAAAGGAAAGGGUGUUAUAGUGCAAUAGCAAUUAAAAUAUAUCAAAUCGCACUGAAUAUUCAACACCAGAGCUCUAAUGUGGGAAAUGGUUCUCCUUUCCCUCUCAAUAAAUAUCUAUUUUUCAUUUUUUUACUUUGUAGUUUAUUUUUUAGUGAAUGUAUUUAAUUUUAUGAAUUAUUUAUGAUUAAACCACAUCCAGAAUCUUCGUUUUCUGUGAAAAGGAAGAACUAGAAAAUUGCUUUAAAUCUUGAAAAUACAACAAGGAAUGUUUUAAAAUAUAAAACAAAGCCAAGUUAAACUGUUUACACUGAUGUGCUAUGAAAGCACCAAAAAUAAACUUUACUGUAGAGUUACAAGUACAUUUAUAUAUAUAUAUAUGUUGCUGCAUCACUUGUGUAGUUAAAUUGUAUUUCAAGACAGUGAAAGAAAUUGACGUGUAUAUACUGUUCAUUAUUGUUUAUAUUGUCUUGUUUUAAAUAUGUAUUAUGUGUAUAUAUUGUUUGCAGACAUUAUUGUUUAUGCCUUAGAAGGAUUGUAGCAUUUUAUUUUAGUCGGAAGGUAUCGCUAUACAGCCUGUACAGUAAUUAUCCUCUACCAACACUGUGGCGUCUCCUUAAUCUUGGUAGUGCCUGCCUUUGAAACAGGGUGUAGGGGAUAUUAGUUUUCCAUUUUUCUAUUUUGUUAUAUAAUUUUAAGCCACCAGGGCCUAAAUUAAAGUAUAAUCAUUUGUAUCCAUGUGGAAUAAAAUUGUGACAAUUUCCUACGCACACAGUAUUUUUUCAUAGAAACAUUUCCCUCCCAUUUGCCUUGCCUCAAAAAUAAAUUUAAAAGACAUUUGUAACCACUGUGUUUUAUCUACUGUGUGUUGUGGUGGCCUGUUGGAGGCAAAUAGAUCAGAAUUUUUUUUGUACCUAUGUAAGAGUACUUGAAGUUUUAUUUAAAAUAAAAUGUUGUGGAAAAGGUAGCAUUCUUUUUUUAGGAGUGUUAUUUUUCACUACUAUGUGUGGCACGGAUACAAUAAAAGACUUUUACAAACUA